GGCACUCACCUUCCAUGCGCCACAUAAACCGAAUGAAUCUAAACGAUAAAAAAUCUAGCACUAUACGUAAAACACUGCGUUUAUUACGUACAAGAAACUAAUUUACCCAAAUCCCUAUCGACUCUCGUUUCUUUCUUCACAAAAUCAACUCUUUUCUCUUUUCUUCCAAGGGUAAACUCGUAAUGUUAGUCUUCAUCCUCUCCAACCAAGAACAAAACCAGAACAACAACCCCUAUUAUUUUGUUUCCACCCAAAUUCUCUUCUCAUCUAUUAAUCUAUAAAUUUUAUUUAUACAAUUUUCAGGUUUUUUUGUUGUAAUUCCGUUUAGAAACUGUGGCAUAGUUGUUAGGGUGAAGUGAUUGUGAUUGCAUGAACUUGUGCUUCAAGUCUUCAAUUUCAACAAUGGUGUACCCGUGUUCAAUGCAAUUUUCUUGUGAUGUUAGGCUCAAAACUAAUAAUAAUGGACCUAGUAGUUUUCAGCAUCAUAAUUUGGCGCGGGUUCGUCGAUUACAUUUGGUCACCAUGAAUCUUUUACCGCGUACUUUGAAACGAGAUUCUUUGGGACUUCAUUUGUUGAGUAGAGUUCAUGCGCCUGUAAGAAAGACUCCUUCCAGGUGCAGUGUUUUUGUAUGUCGGUCUGCCAUGCUACCAGGUGGAGGGAGUGGGACUGCCCUCGUGAAAUCUGCUAGCGUUAUUUUAACAAGGUCAUAUGAUUCUUUACUGGGAAGCCCUAUUUUACUUAGAUUGAUCCCAGCCCUUGGUAUUAUUGCCUUUGCUGUUUAUGGUAUAGAGCCACUCCUUCGUCUCAGCAGGAUUCUAUUUCUUCAAAGGACUGACAGUAGUUGGAAGAAAAGUAGUUCGCGAUAUGUUAUGACAUCAUAUUUUCAGCCAUUAUUGUUGUGGACUGGGGCAAUGCUAAUAUGCAGGGCAUUAGAUCCAAUUGUCCUGCCAUCUCCAAAUAGCCAAGUUGUGAAGCAACGCCUGCUUAAUUUUGUGAGAUCUUUGUCAACAGUGAUUUCAUUUGCAUACUGUUUAUCAAGCUUAAUUCAACAAGCUCAAAAAUUCUUUUUGGAGGCAAAUGAAUCUAGUGAUGCAAGAAAUAUGGGCCUUGAUUUUGCUGGGAAAGCAAUAUACACUGCUGUAUGGGUUGCUGCUGUGUCAUUGUUCAUGGAAUUGCUAGGUUUCUCCACGCAGAAGUGGUUAACUGCUGGUGGUUUGGGCACAGUAUUGCUCACUCUUGCUGGUCGGGAGAUAUUUACGAACUUCCUAUCAAGUAUAAUGAUCCAUGCAACUCGGCCAUUCAUAUUGAAUGAGUGGAUUCAAACAAAGAUUGAAGGAUACGAGGUUUCUGGCACUGUUGAGCAUGUGGGUUGGUGGUCACCAACCAUUAUUAGAGGUGAUGAUCGUGAAGCAGUUCAUAUUCCCAAUCACAAGUUCACUGUCAAUGUUGUGAGAAAUCUGACUCAGAAAUCUCAUUGGCGUAUCAAGAGUUACAUUUCUAUCAGUCACUUGGAUGUUAACAAAAUUAACAGUAUUGUAGCAGAUAUGCGCAAGGUUUUGGCUAAAAACCCUCAAGUGGAGCAGCAGAGAUUGCACAGAAGGGUAUUUUUGGAAGACGUCAAUCCUGAAAAUCAAGCUCUAAAGAUAUUGAUAUCUUGCUUUGUGAAGACUUCACAUUUUGAGGAGUACCUCUGUGUUAAGGAGGCAAUCCUUUUGGAUCUUCUUAGAGUUGUCAGUCAUCAUCGAGCUCGGUUAGCCACUCCCAUCCGCACAGUUCAGAAGAUAUACAGUGAGCCCGUCUCAGAAAAUAUUCCCUUUGGCGAUGGCAUUUUUACUCGAUCCAGAGCCCCAGUAAAUCGCCCAUUCCUACUGAUAGAACCACCAUAUAAAGUUAAUGGUGAAGAUAAAGUUAAGCCGUCAACUCGAUCAACUCGGGGCAAUGAGGAAAAAGAUGCUAAGAUAGAGGAACCAGUGGCAUCUGACUCCAAAAGUGAUGAGAACUUUGCAGGAACAUCAACCUCUACACUUGGUUUGAACUCCAAGGAUAAGUCCAAGUCAAAUUCUGAUGCUCAAAUCCAGAAUACAGGUUCCGACAGCUCAGUGGAGAAGACCACCAAAACCAUGCAGCCUAAAAAAGAAAGUGCUGGAGAUGUAGGAAAGGGAAAUACAAUUCCUGUAUCUAAAAACCUUGCACAAAGUACUGUAUCUGAAACUUCUCCUGUUACUUCCCCGGAGUCUAGCAGGGAAGAGACUUCUUCUGCUAAUGACGAUAAAUCUUCUGUGUCAUCAUCACCAGUUAGGCCUCCCUUAGAAGAGAAUAUUCUUCUUGGGGUUGCACUUGAAGGCUCAAAACGAACCCUUCCAAUAGAGGAAGAAGUUAGUCCAUCUCCUAACUCGGCCGAGUCACAGGAAUUUGCUGUUCAACGGAAUGGAAAUGGAAAUGGACCUCCUACUAACAAAGAUAAGAAGGAUGGUCCAAUAUCUUGAUUUUCAAAGGCCAGAACAAUGACUAGAAUCACUAGAACAGUAGCUAAAUAAAGAGUAAAACUUGGCACUUUAAUUUGUGCCAUAGGAAGAGGUUCUGCAAAAAAUGAUCCAGCUGUCUUUUUUUAAGUUGGAAUUAUAUCUUGUAUCUCUCUUGUUGAUUGCCCAUAUAUAAUGUAUAUAAUUAUCAAUUCAUGAUUUGUUGUAUUAUGAGAACCUGUUUCCUACUCCAACAAUGGGCAAUAAAUGUUGUUUUAAAUUAUAAUAAAGAGAAGGAAGUUGCAGUA